CUGAAUAACACAUAAUUAUACAUAAUUUAUUCGGUUUUAGAAACAUAAUAUUAAUACAAACAACCUUAGAUAGUCAUGAUUGUUGUUGUUUUAAUGAAUGUUAUGUUCGCGCUAGCUGGGAUGCAGAAUGCAUACGGCCAAGGGCCUAUAUGUUUCUCGUGCGAACGAACGGAAAAUCCCGAAGAUUGCCGAUCGUCGCUGACAUGUGGCCCGGAGCAGGCGUGCAGCGUACAACAGUUGUCAGCAGCACACGGUGAUGUGUUUUUCUGGUCUGGUUGUGAGGAUUAUGAGAUCUGCGAAACUUUGUCGGACCAGGUUGGGUCUGCCACUAUAAUCGGGCGGCGACAGGUGUCCAUCAGCCAUCAACGGUGUCUCUACUGCUGCUCUACAGAUCUGUGCAACCAAAACUGCACGUCUUUUGUGAACCUUGCAUUACAUCGCCCUGCCUACCAGAGCUCCGUAAGCUGGAAUGGAACUGCAGAUCUUGCUGUAGACGGUGACACCACUAAAAACUACUACACAGGCAAAUCCUGUACACACAAUGCGGGCGAAAACUAUCCCUGGUGGGCGGUGGAUCUGGGAAAGGACUUCCAUAUCACGAAAGUUAAAAUACAUGAACGGGACGAUGCAGGAGCUGACGGUCGCAGUUUCCAUCUUAUUGUCCUGGUCAGCUCUGUCAACGCCACGAAACUUGACAGGAACUCGCCUCUGUUUACAAAAUGUGGGGCGUACUUUGGUCACUCCAGCGAAGGCAACACUGUCACAAUAGACUGUCCCAGAAAUACUUCAGGUCGCUGGAUCAGGGUGCAGCAGAAUGACCCACAUUUUGAGUACAUGCAUCUCUGUGAAGUGGAAGUGUUUGGAUUUUAGAAUUUUGUUUGAAAUAAAAUUACGGUAACUAACAAA